AUGAUUGAACCGUACUUGCGCGCUGCAGCAGACUCACGGACCCAGCCGACGUCCAGCAGGAUUGGAUGCAAGUGCUCACCAGGCAAUCGCCAGGCCUACUUCCCAAGGUUGCUUGCUGUGUGGCACGUUGGCAUGCAGAAGCUCAUGGGUAGUCGGUGUUGCGAGAGGCUUCACCUCGAGUUGCAUGCUCAGACGAUUUUCGCCAAGGUAGAGCCGUUCCUUGGAAGCUCGGUUGAAAUGCCCGCUGUGCUAGGAGGCCCUCCAGAGCACCCCACGCUCCAGUUCGGAAGCAUUUUCGCGCAGACUGCAGACAGGUUAGUCGGAGCAGCAUUGCAGCUCCUGCAGUGUGUCGGUGUUGCCAGAUUUCACCUCGUGCUCGACCUGCAUGCUCGGACGAUUUCCUGUGCUAUCCUGUGUUGGUACUUGCAAGUUUUCGACUGCGGCGGGCCAGGCUGCCGGAUCUAUAGCAACAAGACGCCUUCGCGUCCAUCUGCGGGGGUGGACACUGUAUCCAGCAUGAUGAAGCCGCCCGUGUGCGCCAGUGACUUGCCCCUCCUCUUGGCUGCCUCUUCCCUGGCCUUCGGUAAGCCCAUGCCUGUCUCGGAACGAUGGAUCGCAGGAACGGCGCCGCCACUGCCAAAGGAGAUGCGCAUGGUAUUCCGUUUCGUGCGGCUCUCCGCGCACGGUGUCGUGGGCACUGUGUUUGCCUGGCUUGCCUCUCGUGAGCGAGGUGUUGCGCUUGUGUCGCAGGCGCCUUGCGGGAACGGAUUCAGCGAAGCCGACACGGCCCUCGUCGACUGCCAUGGCUCCCAGCAAGGCAAGCGGGAGCCCUCUCCGCCCUGUAAGCUUUUCGUGUUUGACACAGAGGUGGCCUUCGAACUGAAGAUGCGGGAUCUGGCUGUGCAGAGGUUGGCCUUUGCGGAGAAGCAGUGGCAGAAAGCCGUCGAGAAAGGAGACAAGGAAGGGGCAAAGGAGUGGGAGAAGAAGGUCGAGAAGGCCGAGGAGAAGCUGAAGGAGGCUAAGAUGGAGGUCAAAGUAGCAAAGAAGGAGGCCAAAGCGGAGGACCUCGCAUGGAAAAGACAGGCGCCGCUCAGCCUUUGCGACGUCUUGGAUUCGGGGGCCGGUGCGAAGCGGGAGGACAAUGCCCAGCACGCGUGCGCGGCCAAGCGCGAAGAAGCGGAGCCGGUUCGUCCCAGCAAGAGGCAGCACGUCGCUCCGCCAAGUCAGCAAGAGAUCUGCGAGGCGAGCCAGGAAGGACUCCACGCCUCAGCUUCGAGCAACUCCCGGGCCUCAAGGGCUGAAGACCUGGAGCGCCAGAGUUGGGUGCAGAAUAUCAGCUGGAACGGACUGGGCCGCUGGCAGCUCUGUGUCCAGGAGGGCGGCAAGUCGCGGCAGAUCUACUUCCCCAUCUCCAAGCACAUGAAGGAGGGCCUCUCUGAGGACGAGGCGGCGGCGGCCGCGCUGGAGGCGGCGAAGGCGCACCGCGAGGAGCUGGUGCGCCAGGGCAAGCUGCAUCCCCCGAGGCGCAUCACCGGCAAAGUCAUACCCGCCAGUCCACGCACCAAGAAGAGGGAGCGAGGUGGUGCCUUCAAGACUCUGGCGGAGGCCGAGGCCAAGGCGCGGGAGCUGGCCAAGAAGUUGGGCCUGCACGACCCGGUGCGGCUCUCGGAGCUCCGCCGAGCUCCCGCACUUCGCGCCGGCUCGGGCCGGAGAAGGGCGUGA